AUGGCUUCCCCGCUGGAGGUGUUAUCGACUACAGCUCUUUUCUUCUCCGGCGCCCUGAUCAUGAGAGGUGCUGGCUGUACAAUAAACGAUCUCUGGGACCGCAACCUGGAUCCCCAUGUCGAACGUACACGACUACGACCCAUUGCGCGGAAAGCCGUUUCUGUUGAAAAUGCAAUUGUAUAUCUAGGCGCACAGCUUCUUACUGGAUUGACUCUGCUCUUACAAUUUCCCUUAACUUGUCUCUACUAUGGAGUCCCCAGCCUCCUUCUGGUCACUGUAUAUCCUCUGGCGAAGCGAGUCACCCAUUACCCUCAGUUUGUCCUCGGCCUGACCUUUUCAUGGGGUGCCAUCAUGGGCUUUCCGGCUUUAGGCAUCGACCUUGUCUCCAAUCCCGAGGCACUUGCGGCGGCGGCUGCACUGUACGCCAGCUGUGUCGCGUGGACCCUCAGUUAUGAUAUGAUUUAUGCCUAUAUGGACAUCAAGGAUGAUGUCAAAGUGGGCAUCAAGUCGAUCGCCCAAGCACACCAGCACAAUUCCAAGACCGCCCUGGGUGUUUUCUCUGCCGCUCAGAUCGGACUGCUCGCCACCGCCGGUUAUUUUGCUGGAGCAGGAUUGUUGGUGGUGGUUUAA